AGUGCAUUCUGGUACUGGGAACAAGAACAGCUUUCCUGUCAUUCAGGAUACACAGUCAAACAGUAUUCCGGACAUCAUGCCUCUGGGAUCCCGCUGUGGGAAACUUUGAGGGGGAGUGUUUAAAGGUGGAGCGAACUCUAAGCUUGCGGGACAGGAUAGAAGUUUUUAACCCAAGUGGAUGGCUGGGGGGUUUAAUCUUUCUUUUCUUCAACGAGAAAUGGUUUUUACAAGGAACCGGGUUUGAUCUUGACACAAUCCAUGAGGACUUUAGUGGAUGUGAGUGUCUCCAAGAGGACUCUUAAGUGAAGUUUCAGAUAAACCCUUCAUGAGAACUUCGCCUGGACUUUAUCUCCACUGAUAGCAGAUUUGAGAGGACUUGUUUUGAGCACUAGUGACCGUUGUUUUGUGGACUGGCACCAUGGCUGGGGUCACUAGAAAGGGAUCUGGAAGACCCUCUUACUACUACAGAUUCUUGGGCAAGUCUCGACUGCAGCGUCAGCGCAGCAGGUCCCGCAGUCGCACCAGGCCGGCUGCCAGCAAGGAGUCUCCUCCAGAGAGGACUGGACGCCGACGCAGCAUGCCAGGCAGCUCCUCAGACAAGGCCACGCCCACCAUGGAGGCCACGCCCACUGCCACCACACCUUUCAGAGUCACCGUGAGUACUGGUUUUCUAAGUCGCCGGCUGAAAGGCUCAAUAAAACGCACCAAGAGUCAACCCAAACUUGACCGCAACUCCAGCUUCAGACAUAUCCUCCCUGGUUUCAGGAGCGUCGACAAUGACAGGUCUCAUCUGAUGCCAAGGCUGAAGGAGUCUCGCUCCCAUGAGUCAUUGCUCAGCCCCAGCAGCGCUGUGGAAGCCCUGGACCUAAGCAUGGAGGACGAGGUUAUCAUCAAGCCUGUUCACAGCAGCAUCCUCGGGCAGGACUACUGCUUCGAGGUCACCACCUCCACGGGAAGCAAAUGCUUUUCCUGUCGUUCAUCAGCCGAGAGAGACAAAUGGAUGGAGAAUCUGAGGCGAGCCGUGCAGCCGAACAAGGACAACAGUCGCCGGGUGGAGAACAUGCUACGAUUAUGGAUCAUCGAGGCCAAAGACCUGCCGGCGAAAAAGAAAUACUUCUGCGAACUUUGUUUGGACGACGCGCUCUACGCCCGCACCACCUGUAAACUCAAGACGGACAAUGUCUUCUGGGGGGAGCACUUUGAGUUCAAUAACCUGCCCGCCGUCAAGAACAUCACGGCCCACCUGUACAAAGACACAGACAAGAAGAAAAAGAAAGACAAAAACAAUUACAUCGGACUGGUCAGUAUCCCCGUCGGGUCCGUUACAGGGCGGCAGUUCGUGGAGAAGUGGUAUCCAGUCAGCAUGCCCAACCCCCCAAAAGGCAAGACAUCUGGGCCUAUGAUCCGGAUCAAGGCACGCUAUCAGAGUAUGAACAUCCUUCCGAUGGAGAUGUACAAGGAGUUUGCAGAGUACACCACCAAUAACUACAUGCUGUUGUGCUCGGUGCUGGAGCCCGGCAUCAGCGUCAAGAACAAGGAGGAGAUGGCGUGUGCACUGGUUCACAUUCUGCAGAGCACUGGAAAGGCUAAGGACUUCCUCACAGAUCUUAUGAUGUCAGAAGUGGACCGCUGCGGGGAAAACGAGCACCUCAUCUUCAGAGAAAACACACUAGCAACAAAGGCGAUAGAGGAAUACCUCAAACUAGUGGGACAGAAGUACCUGCAGGAUGCCCUCGGUGAAUUCAUCAAGGCUCUCUAUGAGUCAGAUGAAAACUGUGAGGUGGAUCCAUCCAAGUGUUCGUCAGGCGACCUCCCAGAGCACCAGAGUAACCUGAAGAUGUGCUGUGAGCUGGCCUUCUGCAAAAUCAUCAACUCUUACUGUGUAUUUCCUCGAGAACUGAAAGAGGUGUUUGCAUCAUGGCGGCAAGAAUGCAGCAACCGCGGCCGACCAGACAUCAGCGAGCGUUUGAUCAGCGCGUCCUUGUUCCUGAGGUUUCUGUGUCCCGCCAUCAUGUCCCCGUCACUUUUCAAUUUAAUGCAGGAGUAUCCCGAUGACCGCACGGCACGUACGCUCACGCUCAUCGCUAAAGUGACGCAAAACCUGGCCAACUUCACCAAAUUUGGAAACAAGGAAGAGUACAUGUCCUUCAUGAACCAGUUCCUGGAGCACGAGUGGACCAACAUGCAGCGCUUUCUUCUUGAAAUCUCAAACCCAGAGACAAUCUCCAACACGGCAGGAUUUGAGGGCUACAUUGACCUGGGCAGGGAACUGUCCACCCUCCACUCUCUGCUGUCGGAGGUGGUGUCCCAGAUGGACCAGGGCGCCGCCUCCAAGCUGGGACCUCUGCCCAGGAUCCUGCGGGAAGUGAACACUGCUCUGUCUAACCCGUCCAGUGUCCUGAUGACGCCCGGGCAGACCUCAGAGCAUAUGGGCUCGCCUCCCGCUGAAGCAAGCUGCAGCAUCUCCAGCGGCCUGCAGAAGAUGGUCAUAGACAACGACCUUUCAGGAUUGGUUGACUUCACGCGGUUACCCUCCCCUACCCCAGAAAAUAAGGACCUAUUUUUUGUGACAAGGAGCUCAGGGAUUCAGCCUUCCCCAGCACGCAGCUCAAGCUACUCUGAGACAAAUGAGCCUGACCUGGGAAUGGCCAAUGGCAGCAAGAGUCUGUCCAUGGUGGACCUCCAGGACCCCCGCAGUCUGGAAAGUGGCCCUGGUCCCAGCUCCUCAGAUCCACUGGGUGAGGGUUCAACAUCUGUUGGAGGCUGGUCGGCCAGAGCUCCACAGAGCAGCAUCCCUGGAGGUCCCACUCUGAGGAGACCGGGCCAGAGCCCCACCACUCCCGGGGCGGAAAGCACACCUGGACGACCAGCCCAGCUUCUAGCCCCCCUGUCCUUCCAGAACCCUGUCUACCAGAUGGCCGCCUGCCUGCCCGUGUCCCCGCGCGGCAUGACCGACUCCGGCUCCGAGUGCCACAGCUCUGUCAGUUCCCAUAGCAACAAUGAGGAUGGACUGGCAGGAGGAAAACACACCUUUUUGAACCACGCCGGAGGUGGUAGCGGCGGUGGUGGUGGCGGCGGCGGGAGCAGCGGGGAUGAAUACACAAGGCGUUCAGGGGAGUUCACCCGCAGACAGCUGUCCCUCACAGAGGCCCAGCACCAGCCCACCGUACCCAGACAAAACAGCGCCGGGCCUCAGCGGAGGAUAGACCAGCCCCCGCCUCAAAGCAUCACCAGAGGCCGCACGCCACCGAAUCUACUCAACAGCGGACCUUACCCCCGGCCGUCCUCAGGGAGCAUGAUGACAUCGUCGCCCGACUGGCCCGGCAGCGGGGCUCGAUUACGACAGCAGUCCUCCUCCUCCAAAGGUGAUAGUCCUGAGACCAAGCACAGGACUCAGCACAAACAGGCCCCCUCCCCAGUGAACCCCAGUGCGCUGGACCGCACAGCAGCCUGGCUAUUGAAUAUGAAUGUGCAGUAUUUAGACCAUGAGGGGAUGGAGCCCGAGUCACUGAGAAACAGAGAGGAUCUGACUCAGGUGGAGAAGUACCAGCAGGAGAUCGCCGUCCUUCAGGAGAAGCUGCGGGCGUCGGUGCAGAAGCUGGAGGAGUACGAGGCCCGUCUCAAAGGUCAGGACGAACAGGCCCAGAAGGUUCUGCUGGAGUACCAGGCCCGGCUGGAGGAGUCGGAGGAGCGCCUGCGCAGACAGCAGGACGACAAGGACUUGCAGAUGAAGGGCAUCAUCAGCAGGUUAAUGUCGGUGGAAGAGGAGCUGAAGAAGGACCACUCAGACAUGCAGGCAGUGGUUGACUCUAAACAGAAGAUUAUCGAUGCACAGGAGAAACGUAUAGCAUCACUGGACGCCGCCAACGCCCGCCUGAUGAGCGCUCUGACGCAGCUGAAGGAACGCUACAGCAUGCAGACCCGCAACGGCAUCUCCCCCACCAACCCCACCAAGCUGCAGAUCACAGAGAACGGAGAGUUCAGGAACAGCAGCAACUGCUAAACGGACCGAUCCCCACCCCCCGAGUGAGCGUGACGAGUCUGAGCGUGUACAGCAUCGCAACAGCGGGACGUCUACGUGCAUGCGCCGAUGCAUGUCUGUUAAAAGACAGCAGGGGGGGACGUGUGUUUGUUUUUAAAGCGGGCAGUACAUUUGGAGGACAUUUCCACUUUUGUAGGCGUGAGGACAUUGCUCUGAAGGGCCGAGCCAGAAGAGGCGGGACUUCAGCGUGACAGGACAGAUCACCAGACGGCCUUCAUCACGAGGAUGGCGGCCGGAGGAGGCGGGGCAAGAGCUUGUACAUAUUGAACUCGAAACCUGUCCAUCAACCGACACACGCAGACGCCGGGACAAUCUGAGACCCUGUCAAAGCCUGGGACGAACCACUAUGUAACCACAAACCACCACGACUGCCAGACACGGUCGCCCUAGCAACCCUCCUCUCCUCCUCUCCUCUCUGCGUAUUCUCCUUCCUCUCGACGACCGAGUGGACUCACUUCAAACAACAACAAAGAAUCAAGGAUUAUCUCCUUAGUUGUCUUGAGAGCGUUACUUUCCAGUGCAUUAUUUUCAAAUCAUUGUUUCUAAAGAACCAAAUAGGAGCUAAAAACGUUUCUAAUCCAAAACAAUCUUCUUAUUUUUUCCCCCCUUUCAGUCCUCGGGUGUGUUCCUGAGUGUCCCGCUGCCACCCCACCCCACCCCAUCCCUCCCCUACGUAGUGCACUUUGUGAAAAGUUAUUGGUACAUGAAACGCCUUAAGUAAGGAACACACCUCGACUCCUCCCCUAUUUCUGCAAAAAAAGGCACAACUUAUACUGUGGAUUUGUAAAGGUUCAGAUUAAGUUGUACACACUUAAUGUAUUAUGAACUCUAAAGUAAAUGAAUUCUAUGUGAUACUAUAUUAAUGACUUUUAAUAUAGAUGUAUGCAUUUUCUUUUCUUCUAUAGAAUAUACACACAUAUACCUAUAUUUGAUAAUCUCAAAUAUGAAAGCAGCCCUUUAUUUAGGAGUGAGAUCUUAGUUUUAUUUUUCUUCUCUUGCGAUCAAAGACUGUAGUGUGUAGCUUUGCUUUCGAGGGGUGAGACCGCGGCGAGUAGCAACGAGCAUCGUCGACUCUCUCCGACGCUAACUGAACCCUUUACAUCCGGUAUGUACACCAACCCAGAGAAAUGUCUGUACAGUAGUUCUAACGGCUCCAGCUCGCACAUCUUUUGCACAGUCAGCCAUCCUCCCGGUGCCCGUCGCUACUCGCAAAGAUCAAUCGGAGCUAGAUGAUUUGUUUUGUUUCCAUCAUAUGUGCGGUCUUUUCGCUUUAGUAGCACAAAGAGCUAUUGAGGGGUGUGUUUUGGACGCACUCGCUCAUACUAUACACUGGACUUGGGGGAGCCGUCGUACCGAUGACCUCCGACAUUACAACAUUUUCUCUGUGUUGUUUGUCAGUGGUGAUUAAUGGCGUAUCCAAACUGUGACUCUGUUAGUUCAUCCUAGUGGCAUCAUCUCCCUCCUCUUUCUUUUUUUUUCCCCUUCCUCUCUUUUGUUGUCCCCUCACCCUCCCAUCGUUCUGAAUGUGAAGACGCUAACUCACAGUCGGUCUUAGGAUGAGGUUUCGUCCCUCCAGUCGCUCCGGUCACUGCUCUCAUCGUAGUUCCAUUACCAUCUCUGUAUUUUGUAUAUUUUCAUAUUCCGUUUUUUGUAACAGACUGUAACUGUGUAUGAGGCUCUGCAUGCUUCAUCCUUGCUUUAGAGCCAGUGGCGGCGUCAGUAUCACCAUUUGUUUUCUUUAGUUGCCAGUUGGAAGGUGAUGAUGAUGAUGAUGAAGAUGAUGACGGUGAUGUUGAUGAAUGGCUCGCUGCGGAUAUAUAUAAAUAUACAGUAUAUAUAUACAGUGAAUAUAAGAUUAACAGAGUGUAUCGAGAGGCUGGACAGCCUGGGAAAGUGUAAAUAAAAUGGUGACACUAUUUUUACCUAAUGUUAACAGAGCUUUUUGUAAAUGUAUUUGUGCUCAAACUCUGCUGUAUCAUUAUGGAUAUUGUAAAUACGAAAUAGCUCAGUCAUAUGUCCUCACUGGGUAGAAACAUACAAUUUAAUCAGCCUUUCAAUGUUCUCCCUGGUGAAUUGAUUUGUUUUUUCUUUUGUUUUUUUAUUAUUAUUUCAAUUUUUAAUAUGAGUGUAAUAUCUCUUGCCAAAAUAAAACUGACCAGUUAAGUUGUGCGUUGUCUUUCAGGAGGUUUUUAAAGAAACUCAGAAGAUUUAAGGCUUCAGUCUCGAUGAGAUUCGCAAGCACAAUCCUGGAGUCCAGCUCUAUGCACGUUUACAUCAAGUGUUUGGUUUGAUGAGAGCAUUUCUGAGCACAAUGUGUACAACAGGUGUACGCUGAAACAGCCGAUGCACAGCCAGAGAUUUAAGUGAGACGGUGCAACUUUAAAGAAAAGGCAAAUACAGUCUCUUGGAAAUAAAAGUCAAGUCAAACUAAGCAAUUUUGAGGCCUUGUUACUACAAUAAUGCUGUGUAAGACCAUUAUUGUGAUUAAUGUUACCUAAUUAUUGCUCUUUUACACAUUUACAGUUACAUCUUUACUAAUUGUACUACUAUGGCAGUAAGAACAAAUCUAUACUGCAGUAAAACAGACUAUUAAUACUACUAUUAAUACUGUGCAGAAGUUUGUUGCAAGGAUAUAAUGACCAUAUAUAUACACAUUUUAGUCUCUGUAUCAAUAUGUGCACAGCAGGAAUAUACAGGAAAUAUGUAAUUAGUAUUAAAAACAUGAUAGAUGAUUAUUAUAGAUACUAUAUAGGAUCAUCUGGGCAGAGAAACAAAAAUACAAGACUGUAAACUAUUAUUAAAAAAAAAAAAAAAAAAAAACUCCCGCAGUCAACCCAAGAAAGUGGAGUUAGUAAGAUGCACUAAAUCCAAUGAUUUUUGCUGGUUUUGUUUGUGUUUUAAUACUGUGCACAUAUUUCCUGUUUUUUCUAGUUGUUGACUGAGAAAUAAAGAUACGUGCUCAUUAUCAACAAAGCUAAUUUUUGUUCAGUACUGUAACGGCUAGCUGUUAGCACUGCUAUCAUUUAGCACUUAGCUAAACAUUUCAGCUAAGCUAGCGUUAGCAUCCAAUAGCAGUAUUUAGCAGUGACGGCUGCUAAAUUACAUCAAGUUACAUUGUCUCACUUAAAAGUUGCGUAUUGAAAAAAAUAUCAGGCUCUCAUUUAUUUCACGACAGCCACCACAAAAGAGUCGCUCUAAAUGUUGAUUUCUGAUUUAAUUUUUUUAUUUGAACUGUCAUUGGUCCAUUUAGCUCAUCCCAGUUCCUCGGUUGUGUUUUCCUGAGCUCACUCCCAGUCCGACAAAAGAUUACUCCAACUAUAAAGCUAUAAAUAAAGUAAAAGAUGUUGUAUGUUUUCUAUUAUCUUGUAGAAAAUACUUUUGUAAGUAUGUUGAAAGUAUAAAGUAUUUGCUGGAUUCUGCUUCCUUUGACGACAGUGAUGAAAACAAUAAUGUACAGAGGAAUUUGUGUUGACAAAAUGUGGCUGUGCAAUUUAUGUACAUUUGCAACUAGACCUAUUAAAGUUUUAUUUAGCUAUUUUAA